AUGGGCAUCAAGCUUUGUCCCACUUAUUCUAGGUACCUUUCCCGGUUUUCUAUUCCCUGCUGUUACUUCUGGCUCUCACCACGCCAGGUCAACUUGGUGCCAGUAGGCUCGACUUACGACGACUACGCACUCAAAGUCAGAGACCAGCUGCGCGAGGCUGGUUUCCGUUGCGACGCUGACCUUGAUCCUGGCUGUACACUCAACAAGAAGAUCCGCAAUGCCCAACUUGAUCAAUACAACUUCAUCCUAGUUGUUGGUGAAAAAGAGAAGACAUCUGGAACUGUGAAUGUCCGCACACGUGAUAACAAGGUGCAUGGGGAAUUCUCCUUGGACGACCUCGUGGAACGCCUGAACCGUCUCAAGAGGGAAUUUCUCCCCGAUGACAAGUUUUAAAUAACUCUUAUCAGUGGCAUUAAAUGCGUAUUUUGCUGUGAACAAGGCAGCAGAUGCUU